AUGGAAAUAAACGCGCGCAUUCUGGACCUAUUUUCUAGGCCAAAUCUACCAGAUGCAAGCGACGAAGUAAUUGAUUUAAUUGAAUCCUUUCUUAUUUCCGGCUUUGAUUCGCUUGUAAAAGCUCACAUCCAAAUUAUUAUUGAGUUUUUAUGCCAAACUUUACCGACGAGAAGUGAUUAUCAAACCGCAACAUCUCAAGAUGUAAUAGAUAGGCAAUCUAGAUGCAUGGAACUGAUCCACAUCAUAAAGCCAAUAUAUUUAACUCCAAUAACUUCGGGGUUAAUCGAAGAAAAGCUUAUAAAAGUGCUUAAUUUCGAAGGUAGAUUGCAACAACAAGCAUUUAGUAUACUUGUUGAUCACUUCAGCCUUGCACCUCGUGGGCAACCGGAUAGAAUACCAGACUUUCUCAAGUUUUAUCAAACAUACUUGAAGCUUGCAGUUACGGACAUUAAUAAAGUCGAUCACAAUCUCUUUCUUCUAAUUUUAGCAGCAUUUAUUUCAGUUAUUGUUUAUGAAAAACACGACUUACACACAAUAAUGCCAUACUACGACACUUUCAUACAUAUCACAAAUGGGUGCUUAGUUUACGCGGAUUCUCCUGAUUUCUUUCCUUAUUUUGAACAAAUUUGCGCAAAGGCACUCCGCGUUAUUUCUAGGCUUUACGAACAGACACAUACAAUGCCAGUAUCUGCGCUAACAUCCCUUAUUGAUAUUGGCUCAAAAAUAUCAAAGGAUUUGAAAUUUAUGCAUAUAUAUUUAAAUUAUUUAUAUAUUCUCUCUUCAAUUUACUCACAUACAGACGAAAAUCUUUUAUCCAUCGUAUCGCCAAUAGUAGAAAAGGAAAUUAUUGAUAAUUUGAGUUAUUUUGCAAUAAAACCAUUUAUAGGUCAAAGAAGGUUUUUAAACAUGCUAUCGAAUCUCGCUAAAGGAAUUAACGAACGUAUACUUUCUCAGCCUAAUUCUAUCGAAAAAUUACUUUCAAAUGUUUAUAAAUUACUAAGUCUUAAAGUAUGGCAAGCAAUACAAAUUCUACGUAAAAUAUGCGACCACUUCAAGAUAAAUCCAGCGAAAUUAGGCGACGUUCUUGAACAAUUGAUGUCGAUUUUAGAAUUAAUUCUCGAUGAUUACGAUGAUUCACCAGAACAAUGGGCAGAAAUCAAUAAUCUUAUUAUUAAGAUGAUAAACACAUUAUUCGGACAGUUUUUUCAACCAAAUUUGGACGAGAAAAAUACAAAGACAGAUAUAUUGUCAAGAUUUACACAUUACAACGCAAAACUACUUGAUCUAAUGGGUAAGAUAUUAAAUAACAAUAACAAAGAUACAAUUAUCUUCAACGGAAAGCCAUUUACAGGACAACUCAAACUAUUUCGAAGAACGAUACAAGAAAUAUUCUCUUUUUACUGCGACAUCAUCAUUAAACUACCUGUAGAGUGGUCACAGUCAUUUUUCAGAGACAAUGUGAAAUAUUAUCUUCCUUCAGCAGAUUGUCAUACAUUUAAUACAUUCCUUGUAAGCAGAUUCUUACCAAAACUACAAAAUCCAUCAGCUUUUAUCAUUGCUGCGAUAAAUCAUACGAUUGAGAAUAUAAAUUCUCUCAAUAAGUUGUAUGUAGAGUUUCUUUACAAGGUUAUCCUUGACACAUUUGUCCAGGAGUCUCCAAUUAACAUAAAUCCUGAACAAAACGAACAACUUUGCACUGCAAUAUUUAAUUUAUUCUUAGAAGUCCUCGAUAAGAACUGCGCUGACCUUGUAGAAACAUUCAAUGGGCUGUUCAAAAUUUACAGCAGAAGGCAAACUAACAGCAGAUUGGUUCCUUUCGUACAAAUGCUGAAUAAAGCUGGUGGAAACUGGGGAACUGCUCUAAUUCCGCUUCAGCCAGAGCUUGUAUUUUCAAGGUUAGCGAUAAAUAUGUUCCCUGCCAUUGAUUCUCCGAAGAAUAUCGAUGCAUGGUUCAAUUUAUUCCUUCCAGACCUUGAAACAGACGAAGGACGUAAGAAGGAUCUCGUUUCAUUUGCUAUUACCAUGAAAACCAAGAACUUUGCAGCUCUUUUCAAGGAGCUAAAGAAGCAAACUAAGUUUAGAUUGCUAAAUUGCUUAUCACACAUGCUUUCCCAGAGCACCAACCCCCAGGAAAUCGAUCAGCUAAGGCCAUUAUUGAACACUAUCGCUGAUUUCAUACCUAUUGCCGCUGAAGAACAACAGACCAUUCGUCCAUCCUACACAAAAGUUACCAUUAAUGGCAAAAUCUAUGCUCUAGAUAUCAUCCUCGAUACAUACAAACAGUGUAAGAAGGAUAGCCUCAUUGACUUCAUGUUCGAAUUAGUUCAAAAAGCAUUCGACCAAUUAUCUUAUCAAGAAAUUUGCCAAAGUAAAGUUGUCAGAGAAAUUGUUAACAUUAUUUGUCAAAACAACAAAGACAAAUUCACCAACAAUUUACCUGACAAUUUCACCGGCCAUUUCUUCAGAUAUUUAAUUUUCGAUGAAUUGACGAUAGAAGACGAUAGAGUUUAUGAUUUCCUUCAUGAAUCUAGUUUCUUGUUUUUCAAUGUCGAUACUGUUAAAUACGCCUUAGAUUUAACAGACAAAUUGAUCGACAAAGUUCCUUUCGAUAAAAAGUGGCUGACACUUUUAUCUCCAAUUUUACAAUCCUCACAAAACGAGUACAAGAGAGGCUUUGACAUUAUAUAUCAGCACCUGAUUGUUAACAAUGCUAAUAACGAGAACUGUCCAGAAGUCUUUUCUGACUUGUACAAACAAUGUUUUUACUUGUCAAGGAGAUCAAGUUAUUCAGUGAGAAAAGUUGUCAAUCCUAUAUUGAUAAAUCUUGGUCUGAUUAGUUCUAUACAAAACAUGUACUCCAAACACAGACAAGACAUAUUAAACAAGAUCCAGAAAGCUCUCAACAUUCCAAAUAAUUUAGUUAACACUGUCAGAGUUUACUUCAAUUUCUUGAGAACUUUCGAUGAUUGCCCAUUUCAACAGGAAUUAUUUGACACUUUUUAUACAUAUUUGACCUCGCAAGCACCACCUGAAGAAAGGUUCCUUUUCUACUCAGACAAGUACCAGAUGAAGAUCAUUGACCCUGUAAACAGAGGUUCUCCUUUGGAUCCUUCAAUUUCUAUAUACAAAUUGCAGAGUUUCAUCUACAAAGUUAUCGCAAGACUCUCAAUUUCAUGUAAAAACGAAUCUCUCGCAAGCCUCAUGUUCUACAAGACAUUUCAAUUGUUCAACGACAAAAAGAACAGACCAUGGGUAAACGUCUAUCUGAGAAACCUCCAAAAAGGUGUCAAAGCCGGUUUUGGCACUUUUGAUUUUUUGCCAAAAGAUUUGACAAAAAUCAUGCACUUCACACCACCGAAACUUAGACCUUCAAAGACUGAUUUGAGGAUACUAAAGUUCGCUGUUGAGACUCAGUUAUAUAAUGAUCAGACAGAAGAAAUUGUAAAGUAUUUAAUUGCUGCUUUACAAGCAUUGAAAAUUGACAGAAAGACAAAAUUGUCAACAAUUGAAUGGUUGUCGUCAUUUAUUUUCGAUAUCAUCGAAAUACUGCCAGUUAAAACUAAAACUGUCAAAUCAGAAAACGAACAGCCAGCCAGCUUCCAAUCUUUGAUAAAUAACGUGAUAGAAACAGUUAUUUAUUACAGAAUUCAAAGGCCUCAAUUAAAAUUGAAUGCUUGUAAAGUAUUCAAAAAGUAUUCGUAUGAAAGUGCCGAGUCAUUGUUCAAUUUCAUGAUACAAAAAGAUUAUACAACAAUUUCUUUGAUGCUUUUGAAUGAAAGUUCCAAUAUCAGGGAAUUAUUUUUGUUUUCAAGUUUCGCUGUUUUCAAUGUCCACAAGUAUUUCAAAGAACAGAAGCCUCUGCAGAAUCCUGACAAUGUUUUGGACAUCUAUGAUAUUGUUAAUCGUACAUUAAGAGUCGUUGCAAAUUCAAUUAAUUUUGCCACUUCACCUGAAGAAAGAAAACGACUUAAAGAAAUGGCCAUCAGAUUAUAUACGUAUUUUGCAGGCGAAAAUGAUAAUUUCAAGCCUUCUAUGGCUUACAAUAUCAUCAACUGCUUAAUAACAGAUAAAGAUGAACUGAACAUUUUGCCAUUUUUCCUAUCGUCGCCUCAAUGUUUCUUACACGAAGUUAUUGUCAAAAAAUUGGCAAAUUAUUAUUUGAAUUAUAAAAACGGUUUGACAAAUAUCAUUGAGAUGGAGAAGAAGCAGAUCAAUCAUCCGAACAAAACAUACAUCAAAAUAUUUUUGUUCAGUUUGUUGAAUCAAAUGUUUAAAGACAAUAAAAGUGACAAUUUAGAAAACGUCACUUUUUCAUAUUCAAAUUUAGACAAUGAUUCACACAUAUUGCUACGAUAUUUGUAUGUUCAUUCUGUUUGUUUGACGUAUGAAUAUGAUUUUGUUUCGAUUGAAAAUAUCAUGAAUUGUCCAAUAAUUUACAAUUCUCAUGAUGUCCACAAACUUUUGAUAAAAAGAGGAAAUUUGAAGUUGGAAACAUGUAUAACGACAAAUAGAUUAGUCCAUGUUAUUAAUGAUGGAAUACAGUUGAAUGAUUCCUACGAAAUAAUGAGAAAGAGAUUGGUUUAUUUCCCUUUCUUCAAUUCUCAUUCUCAAAAUAUUUUAAGAUUGAUGUCACUUUUUCCUGAAAAAUAUCCAAUGACAGAGAGAUGGUGCAACAGAUUCCUUGUUGGAUUAUUGAUGGCGUUUGCUGUAAACACACCAAAUAAUCAAACAAUACAAGCAAUAAGAAAAUUCAUUUCUUAUUACAGGAAUUUCGCAAAAUUCAUGAAUAAUGAUUACAAAGCUCCUUUGUUUUCUGUUCUUUCUUUCUUCUUCCUUCAGAUGAAAGACCAGGCACAAAACCAAGUCCAUCUGAUAUUCUCUGAUAUCCAUUCCGAUGUAGAAAUCCAGAAAAUCGAUAUGGAAUUGAUAAAACAAUUCAAAGAUUAUAUGGCAAUCAUCCCUGCAAUGGAUAAUAAUCAGUGGUUAUCCCAAUUAUCUUUUAAGUUUUUGGUCAUUUCACAUUUGUCAAAAUUUUUGUUUGCAAAUAACGAUUAUUUCCCUCAAAUUUUAUUGUUGUCAAAUAUCUUCAGUUCACAAAUGAACUUGGAUAUCAUGCAAUACUAUAAGGUAGCUUUGAAAGAAGUAUCCAAAUUCGGUGGAGAAAUUGUAACAGGCAAAAUUAUUUCGGAUCUUUACAAAUAUCUUGUUUCCCAAAAUAAGAAGUUUUCUGAACCGAAAUCGAGUUCAUUUGCAACAGUUUUGUGUUGGUCAGAUGAAUGCCAAGGAGAUGUACAAUUCACAAAACUCUUUGACAAUUUAAUCGAUGCAUUAAAACCACAGGAUUUGUCUCAUUUGUUGUAUGAAUUACCACAACUCAAAUUACCUUUGAAUGCAGAUCAUUUUUCAAUAAUUGAAAAAUUGAUUGAAGAAUUUAAGCCGAGUUUGAAUGAUCCUGUUUUGAUGUAUUACGAUUCAUUUGUUUCUAAGAAUGAAUCGAUUGAUAAUUUGUGGCAGAACUCGUGGUCAUUACAACACGAAGCAUCUCAUUUAUAUGUGUUUUCAAAGUACUUUUACAAUGAAAAGGAAAUUUCCAAUUUGAUAAAUUACAUUCCAGAAAACAAAAUGAAGCAAAUGAUGGCGAUUUCUCUUGAAAAACUUGAUAUAAACAGACAACUAAAUCGCUUCAUCAUGUAUUACACGAAGAUGUUCCCUAAUUCUUCUUUGAGUGAAGUGUUUUACACAACAGUUCAUUUCUUGGACCAAAACCCUCUUCCGAACAAGAAUUUCUUCCAAAACGCGGAGUUUUUGAAUAAUGUAACAAUGACUGAUGAUUCACUCGGAGUUUACAUUUUACAAAAACCGCAAUUAAAGAAUGCUAUUCGUUAUCAUCAGUUGUGUCAUUUCGAAGCAGCAAGAGGUUUAUAUUUGAACGAAAUGUUCGACAAAAAAGAUGAAUUUUCUUUGAUAUUGAAUUUGAUGAGACCUGUUUUGAUGAAUUUGGACUUUGCUUUCAUUGAUACGAGUUGCCAAACAUAUAUCAACCUUCCUAACAUCCCUAGUUACGCGUUGAACUUGCCGAUGAUCAAAUUAUAUACUCCUGAAAACGAAUUACACGCUGCGAUUAAGGAUAUCUAUUAUCCUGACUCGAAAUUCUUCCUUCCAAGUUUACUUUCCGUUCAAAGAUUGACAAUUUUUGAUGAGUCAAUUUCACUUUUGAGGUGUGUUUCGAAGAAUCCAAUGGAUCAGGCAGGCAUUACUAAAUGGUCUAUUAUAGGAUUGACUACAUUAGAUAAGAACUGCGCUGCUAUUUCAAACAUUGGAUUCAAAAUAAAUCAAAUUCGUGCAAGAGAAAAACAAUUGUUUAGAAGUUCACAAAACUUCGCAUUUGUUAAUUCGAACUUUGCUGCUUCUCUCUUGUCAUCGUCCAACGCAAUGAAGAAAGCUUGCAAGCUGUUCACUCUCAGUCUACAGCCGCCAGAAAUAACUCAAUCAACAUUUGGAAUUACAAAUAAUCAACAACCGCAAGAUCCUCAGAAUUCUCAACCUCAAAAUCCACAAUUUGAGAGAGAUUUGAGGUAUGGAUUGCAGUUCAAUAUACAGAGUGUUAGUCGUAUAUACAAUAUGCUUUCAAGAAUUCCACAAGCGUAUACACAAACCAUCCCUGCUUUGAAGACAAGAUUGUACUAUUUCUUGGCAAUUCAUGAUGUUUCCGGAUUCAUGAAACAGUUCAAUUUCAAGCAGCUUUCUUCUCAAAAUUAUCAUUUGAAGUUGUUGAUUUUCAUGUUCACCAAUUUUCCAAAUGAAAUCAACGUCCAAACUGUUUAUCAAGUGAUUGCACAAAGAAUUAUUCCUCAAAACUUUGUCCCGCAAUCUUUGGAAUACACGAACAUGGCUUUAGGUUUAGCUUUCGCCAUUGUGAAGAAGAAUCCACAAACAACGAAUCUCUUCUACCAACACAUUUUCGGCUGUUUCAAACAAGACCAAGCAACAGUUUGGUUCAUUUGGCUGCCACAUAUUUUGUCAACAUUUGAUAACCCUCCAAUUGAUUUCCUGAAGAAAGUUAUGAUGUGCGAAACAUCAAGGUUCAGAUCCAUCCUGAGAAACGCUUUGGGAAGUGAGACCUGCAAAUCCCAGAAAUUCUGCGAAGAAGCAACGAAAUCACUUGGAAAAAUGCAAGAAGGAUCAACACUCCACGAAUACGACCAAAGCUUGAUGUGGGCACACGACAUCGAAGAUGACAUUGAUAAUUAUUACUCAAGUGUCGGUGUUCACAUGAAACUUGCAGAAGAAAUCGCAAGUGACAGGUAUAAUUUUGAGGUUUCUCCAACAAUUAAACAGAUAACAGGCGAAGAUGUCUUGAAAUACGUAAUAGAACAUCCUCCUUAUUUCAAGACAAACAAAACAACAAUUGAACCAUAUGGAUCAACAUAUUUCAGAUUCCCUGCUCUUACUAAUCAAUGUUUCCAUGCAUACAUUGAUGCUCCUGGCGACAAAGAAGCAACAAUGACAUUCGUAAUGGUUAAUGGCCAAACAAUGUCAUUCUCUUUGAUUUGUUCUUUGUUGUUCAAACCAAAUUUCAGCGAAGAAAUCUUUUUGUACGUUUCUCGUUUCUUCAUCAAAAAUCAUCCUGCAUUUAAGUUCCGUUCUGCUUUCAUCAGCCACGCGCAGCUAUACUAUAUACACAAGCAAUUGCUGAUGAUGGCUGGCGGAAGUUACUGCGGAUUGGGAGAAAUCACUCGUACACAGAUCAUCCUCGAACUUCUCAAGAGAAAAGGAGAAACAGGAAGAGAACCUUUCGCUGUCAAAUCAAGAAAAAUUGAGAGCCAAGACAUUAAAAAGUCAGUUUAUCAGUGGUUAUUCAGCUACUCGGAAGGAUCCAAACUUGAUUUCAUAUUCAUGAGAGAAAGCAUUAGUUCACACAUCUCAGCGAUCUCCGCAAUCAAGUUCUUGUUCAUGAGUGGAUAUCCACAGUAUCCAACAAUCUUGUUCAGCACAAAUCGAUGCAAAGUUUCAAUGCCAAGAUUGACACAUAGUAACCACAAAGUUUGCCACUUGCCAAUGACACAAACAAUAUCAGAGUUCAUCCCUCCUUACGUAAUGAACGGAAGCUUCAGCUCCACAUGGCUUUUGGUUAUAGAAUCAUUCUCAAGAAACUUGGACAAACUGAAGAUUUAUAUCAAAGCUUUGGUAGAACAUGGAGAGAAAACAUCCGAAAUUGUAUCAGAUCGUGUUCGUAAGUCAUCGUUGUGCGAAAUGGAAGACACUGAAAAGGAACAGAACCCAAUGCCAUUUGCUGUUCUUGAUCAUUUGAUUGCAACGUCAAAGAAUGCAUUCAAUUGCCAAGAAACAGGUUUUGCAUGGGUUUGA